UGGUAGUUUAAAGACACCAAACGCGACAUCGAAACACACACCCAAAUAGUACGAGAAACAGCUCAUACUACGUGUAUAUUCACGCUAAUAUGACAUCGUGUAUUAGUAGAUGAUAUUUUUGCGAUAAAUUUAACAAUUGCCUGUAGGAAUGGAUUUCGUUUGGCUUGUUGCCUCUUGGUCCUAAAAGCCACCCUUAACAAUUUGCUAGAAGAAAAGCGUAAAAGGCUCUUUGGCCUGUAUUGAGUGCUUAUUCAUGCUUUAAUAUCUGUAUUCACUGUGAACACGACUUGGAUGUCCUGUUUCCUGUGCGAUCUGCUUUCAAUUGCGCUUAAAUAACGCUGCUUCUUUUACUAGUAGACAGUCUUUAAUCUUUUUCCUGUUUACUCAGGAAAAAUACCCUUUAAUCUGCUGGACUGAAGUUAACAUAUACCUUGUAAAUAUCUCAACAUUAUUACCUCUUGUCUUUUUGUUUUCUUGGAUUUUAAUUCUUAUUUUUGGUUCGUGGUUAAUAGAGCUCAUCCAUUGAGAAUAUGAGAGCAGUGUUAGGCUUGAGAAAUCGAUUAUCGAGACUCGUUCCUUCCCGCAAAACUACUCGUCUGCUGUUUAAGCCUGUUCUUGCACUUUUCAUCUGCGAGAUAUUGGUGCUCAUUAAACCUUUCAGCAAAAUCAUUGGUCCUUAUGCCUUUCUCAUCGUCACUAUACACUGCCUAUUCUUUCCCAUUCGUCAAACUGCUGGUAAUCAGCUUGUCGUCGUGUAUGAGGGACUCUUAGGACUAACAGUUGGCUUGAUAUGGGCAGUAAUCUUCAAGUUUUUAGCGGUUGCCGCCAACAAGAAUGGUGCUAAUGGAGCCCCCCUUCUCGCGAUUGGUCUUACUAUGGGAUCGUUUAUCUCCUCCUAUGUUCGAAGCCGCUAUGGUUACCGCAUUGCUUGCAUCAUCUGGAUAUUCACGGACUGCUUUUUAAUGCUGGGGGAUCCCUUUGGAACUACAGUUCCUCAUACCUUUUAUUAUUCGCUUACGUAUCCCUCAUUGAUAGCUGCGGGUGUUGUUCUGCUUGUAACUUUCUGUGUACCACCCAUUCAAACUGCAAGCGAUGUCGUUGUUCGUUCUGCCGUGGAAUAUUUGAACGAAUGCGCCAAGUGCGUCGAUGUGUUCAUGAGCGAUGUGAAACACUGUUCAUCAAAUUCAAAAGAGCUAGAUGCCAUGGCAGCAUCCUUAUUGAAAAGUUUACGCUCUAAGCUCGACACCUUUCGUACGAAUGCUGCUGCCUCAAAGUUUGAGGUGAGCUACUCCUAUCUUCCUGUGACCGCGUAUCAAAACUUCCUUUCACAUUACGAGAAACUGUAUACUGAAUUGUCUUCCUGCAUUAGUUCGAGUCUUUCACUGCAGCGAGCAUUUCGGCGAGAGUUAAACAUGCACAUUCCUCAACGCAUGAGUACAACCAAUUCAGACAAACCUGCACCAUUUGUUUCUCCUGUAAACGACCUUUUUAUGGCUCAGCACCGCAUUCAAAACGAUAUUCCAGUCCAGCAUAGCGCUCAUUACUCUCAAGCGAAGGAAAGCAUUGACGUGUUUUUCGAUCGAUUCUCUCCAACUAUUGCGGCACUUACUGAUUUCAUGAACAAAGGACUCGCUAUUGCAUCGUCGACAUUGAAAUGGUGCAAUACAAAUGAAGGUGGAGAAGCAGUUACAGAAGAAAAGCUGGCUACUCUAAUUGAAUCCAUUUCAAACGCAAACUUGGUUCAAAAGAAGAGCGUCCAUGAAGCACUUCGAGUCGCACUUGUUAUAAGAGCAAAAAGUCUGGGAAAGGGAAAUAGCUUAGAAUCGUCAAUGGAGAUUGAUGACUUACUAUUUUCUGGCGCCUUUUUCAUAUUCAAUCUCUCAGAGCUAGCAAUUGAGGUUCGGAAGCUACUCAUUGAAUUGUAUGCGCUGCGCAGUCAACGCGCACCUAAAAAGAGAUUGUUUUUCUACUCGACGGGUGUCCGUGAUCUAAAUUACAGCGGUGCAUUUUUGCCUGUGCUUGAGACACCUUUUCACAACCCGGAUUCCGCAGAAGAUGCAGAAGACGAUGAUGCUGUUACAUCCUCUGAUUACGACGACAUGGAAAUGAUUACACGGAAAACGACCAACUCAAGGGAUCCACAUUGGAAGAGGAGAAUGUACCAAUGGUUCUACAUUCUUCGUUUUCGCGCUUGGCGAUUAACACGUUGGUGUGCGAAAUCGAAGGAUAUCCAGUAUGCACUUAAAAUGUCCAUUGGUAUCGGGUUGCUCAGUAUCGUUGCAGUUCACGGAAGCACAGCUGCCAAAUAUCAAGACUGGAAUGGUCAAUGGGCACUGAUCUCUACGCUUUUCGUCCUUGAAGUUUCUGUUUCCGCUACACUCCGUGUUGGACUUUUCCGUGCACUCGGAACCUUUAUUGGCGCUGUCUUUGCUUAUGUCACAUGGGAAAUAAGUCGUGGGUGGAGCUACGUUAUUGCUGCCAUUAAUUUUCUCGCAGCGUGGCCUGCUGCAUAUGUGAUGUAUCUAUCCAAGUUUGCCGGUGUAUCUAUCGUAUUUUGCAUCACUUUCCCACCCAUCCUCUAUGGUGCUUAUUUAGGUUCGUCACAUAGCGCGUUCGUCUUGGCUGUCACACGCUUUCUCGAUGUAAUGGUGGGCAUUACCAUGGCUGUCAUCGUGAAUAUACUGAUUUUCCCCUACGUUGCUCGCAGCCGUCUUAUCAAUGAACUCGGUAACGCCUCAAGGCAAUUGUUUGAGCUCUACAGCACGCUUUCGGAAAACAUGCUUGGAAAUCGUCACUACGCUGAUCCAGAGUUGUGUGAGCAAAUUGAACAGAGGAUCCAGCGCAGUCUAAGUUCUGCGCGAAGUCUGCUUGCACUCACCGGUAUGGAGUUUCGACUUAAGGGUCCUUUUCCCAUCCAUCUUUUCGCUAGCUUAAUCGGCCGUCUUGAGCGAUUAGGCAAUCGCUUGUUAGUGCUUAACACAGUCCGCUCACACUUUAAUCUUGGACUCUACCAUGAAAUCGUCGAACAAGUGCUACUGUAUAGAAAGGAUCUAAUUGCGACUAUCGCUCUCACCAUUUACAUCCUUACACACAGUAUUACACAAAAGGCACCCGUCCCUUACUUUGUCCCAUCCUGUCGGAAUGCUCACUUCAAUCUACGUGAAGCGAUUCUGAAGAACUUGUUGAGCAAGGUUGAAAGCAAUUCACAACAACAAUCAGCCUCCAAUAAACAGAAUAGCGGUCGUGGUGGUCUUGCGGACCUUUCAUUUUCUGAUUUCGACACUGCUUUCGGAGAGUAUGACGAAGAGGCCGAGAAUACUCUGAAGAAGAUCGACAGCAAUCUCAUCAAUGCCAAGAAAACGGAACCAUUGUUGGAUGAAUACAAUGGUGCACUGGCAUACUACGCUGAAUGUCAAGUCAUUGAGGAGAUUGUGAACGACUUGGAAUUCCUCUUGCAACUUGUCAAGAAGAUCAAUGGCGAGAACGAUGUCAAAAUUUGGCACUCCAAUGUUUAACAAUUAAACCGGACAAUUUACACGCUGGCAACUACUGUACCCACUCCCCCAAUUAAUAGAUUCGCACACUGUAAAUAGAAAUGGGCAUUUUUAAUUCAAUAUAAAUUGUCAGGCAUACCGGUUCUUCACUACACCGCCUACUUACAAACUCGCUUGUCUGUCCC